AUGCCGCUUCCACAGCUCCUAAUUGGCAAAGUGGCCGCCAUCACAGGUGGUUUGACCGGUAUUGGCAGAGCCAUUGCCCUCGACUAUCUUCGCCACGGCGCCAAGGUAGCCGUCAACCACCUCGGCGGCCCGAACGAUGAGCCACUCCUCGAGGCGCUGCGCAAGGACGUGUCCGAGGUGACCGGAGACGAGGAGACCAGGUUCAUUACCGUUGCGGGGGAUAUCUCCCAGCCCGAGACGGGGCGCGAGUUUGUCGCCAAGACGGUAGAAGCAUUCGGACGACUGGAUGUGUUUGUGAGCAAUGCGGGCGUGUGCAAGUUCGAAGAAUUCCUGGAGGUCGACCCUCCCCUCCUCGGCCACACCUUCAACACCAACCUCUCCGGGGCAUUUUACGCCGUCCAGGCGGCCGCGCGACAGAUGGCGCUCGCCCAGUCGCCCCCCGGCGGCUCGAUCAUCGGCAUCAGCUCCAUCUCGGCGCUGGUCGGCGGAGGGCAGCAGACCCAUUACACGCCCACCAAGGCAGGCGUGCUCAGUCUCAUGCAGUCGACGGCCGUGGCGCUGGGCAAGUAUGGCAUCCGCUGCAAUGCGCUGCUGCCCGGGACCAUCCGCACGCAGCUGAACGACGAGGAUAUGAGCGACCCCGCGAAGCGGACAUACAUGGAAGGCAGAAUCCCGCUGGGACGACUGGGUCAGCCGCGGGAUCUGGCGGGCCCCGCUGUGUUUCUGGCGUGCGAGGAAUUGAGUGGCUAUGUGACCGGUGCGCAGCUACUCGUAGAUGGUGGAUUGUUUGUGAAUCUUCAAUAG